GACGGAAUCAGCCCGUCAUUUCAAAUCAGCCAUCACAGAUCAAAGGUCUCUCCAGCUUCGAAUCGAUACAACAUAACUUGAACAACACCGCCUACACACACCUAUUUGCUCGAAAUAUAUAACGCCCACGAUGUCCGCAGACGAUCAGGCAUUCCUAGAUGCCUUAAACUCCGUCCCGCGCCAUGUCCAACGCUAUUCAAAUGAUAUCGCAAACUAUGUUGAAGACCAUGUCGACAGAGUCGCAAGGACUCUGAGGGACACACUUGCAUCAGCCGACUGGAUACCGGAAUCAGCAAGACCUAAACCAGUUGCUAGAGCUCCCGCGCCACCACCCGUUACUGCGUUGCCAGGUGGUGUGUUUGCUCGUGUGCAAGCAUGGGUGCUCAAGAACAAAGUCUUCACCACCGCCAUCGUCGCAGGGGUUGGAGCGUCGGUAUACAUGGUGCAAAGGAGGAAAGCAAAUUACAACAAGAAGAGGAGGGCAAAGCGCGGAACCAACGGAGCGAGGUUGGAAGUGGUUGUGAUAUCUGGGUCGAUGAAUGAGCCGCUCGUACGGUCACUCGCGCUGGAUUUGGAGAGAAGGGGCUUCAUCGUUUUCAUUGUCUGUGACGAUGUCCAAGAAGAGCUCCGGGUUCAAAGCGAAGGAAGAAGCGACAUUAGGCCUUUGGUUAUCAACGUUUCCACUUCAAAGCUCGGACAUGACGGCGUCGAACGAUUUGCACAAUUCCUCCAAACCCCCCAACAUGCCUUCGACACUGCCCGCGCCCACUACCUCCAGUUCACCGCCCUGAUCGUCAUUCCAACCCUCACCUACCCAAACUCCCCAGUCGCCACACUCUCCCCCAUCGACAUCCAAGAUGUCAUAAACACCCGCCUCCUCCACCCAAUCCUCUUAACCCAAGCCUUCCUCCCCCUCCUCAGCGCCCCAACAUCACAACACCACCACGCCCAUCCUCCGCCGCAACCAAAGCUCCUCCUCCUCACCCCCGCCAUAAUAUCCUCACUAAACCCCCCCUUCCACGCCCCCGAAUCCAUCGUCAGCGCCGGCCUAAAAUCCUUUACCGCCACCCUCUCCGCCGAGCUCGCCCCUCUCAACGUCCCACUAACACACUUCGAACUCGGUUCUUUCGACACCAACCCCAUGGUUCCCAAGAACCAACUCGCGACCCUCUCCGGCCACAGUGCGGAAGCACGGACAUGGUCCGAUGAUGCGCGAGAAGCUUAUGGCAGCAAUUUCAUGCGCGUAGCCGGCAGCGCGGUUGAGAAGAGGAGCAAGGGGAGUAAUCUGCGGGAACUGCAUAAUGCGGUAUUUGACGAGAUGGCGAAGACGGGGUGGAGGGCGGGGGGGACGGUUAUGGUGGGGCGGGGAGCGAGGUUGUAUAGUUUUGUUGGUGCGUGGGCGCCGAGGGGUUUGGUUGGGUGGAUGAUGGGGGUUAGGAAGGUGGAGAGGCCGGCGUCGGGGGUGAGUGUUAGUAGUACUGGGGGGAGCGAUGUGGAUCUGGAAGCUGGGCACAGUGAGGGCGAGUAUGUCUCUGUGCAGCCUGGUGAUGAUAAGGAGAAGCGAUGAGGAUGGUGCCUCUCGAAUUGUGGCAGGGUGAAAAUUAUAGGCGUUAAGGUUAUGCAUCGGAUCAGGCUGGGUCUGGACGAGUAUCUCUACUCAAUGAAUUACGGGCGUUGGGAAAGUGGCAUGGGAGAGUGAGGGAAAUCAAAUGCUCAAAGCUCGGCUCAAGUGGCAUCAUAUUACACAGCCUAAUAAUACCAUGUACAAAAAAUGUCAAAUCAUCCCUAUCUAUACAGGCUCCAAAAGAGAGAAAAGAACGCCAACUUAUGCUCGGCCGUACAUGCGUGCAAAUACGGUAUAAUGCCGCUCCACACCUAACACUUGAGAUCAAUCCCGUUUCUAAUCUCACUCUCUCGCACUUCGAACAUGAUCUGGAUUGCUGUAAACAGAACUCCUGCUGCGGUGAGUAGGAAGGCGAUUCCUGGAUCAUGGUUAGCACGUGACUUAUCCCAAAAGAAGGAGGAAAUAAACUCACCUCCCCAAUCACUAAAUAUGCCGUGGAUGAUACUCUUCAUCCCAUCCACUCCCACCGCGAAGCCGACCAGGUUAGCCGACAUCAUCAUUAUAACAUUCAGC